GGGAAGUAUUGGAAAUGGAAGGAGGGGUUACCCGGUGAAGAGUGAAAAAUUGAGAUGAAAAGAAGGAAAGCGAAUCGAAGCGAGAAGAGUUUGGGCCAAAGUGAGCAAACAAUAGAAGGAGAAGCAAAAUGUCAGCGAAAAUCGGCAAAACUGGGUUAGCGUAUGCCAGGGUCUGGCACCAUAUCAAUGUGUCGAAGGCAGAUCGACCCUUGGGCAGAAUAGCCACCGAUAUAGCGGUGACAUUGAUGGGCAAACACAAGCCUAUAUACACUGGGGGAAACGACUGUGGCGACUAUGUUGUUGCGACAAACUGCGUUGAUUUGGAGGUCACAGGCAACAAGUUCAAGCAAAAGUUGUACUACAGACACAGCACACGUCCAGGAAACUUGAAGAAGUUUACAAUGGAGAAGGUGAGCCAGGACAAGGGCUUCGGAGAGGUGUUGGUGAAGGCAGUGAGCCGAAUGUUGCCUAAGAACUCGUUGCGAAAGAUCAGAUUGAACCGAUUAAAGGUGUUUGAUGGAAACGAGCACCCUUACAAGCAGAACUUGAUUGCGUUCUAUGACGAGCAGCCUGAGGUGAGGAAGCUUCUCAAGAGGCAAGAGAAGGAUCAGCAGAACGAGCAGACAGAGAAGACAGAGAAGGAGGCAGGCAGGGGCUAGUUGGCCAGGGGCUGCUGUACAUAAUUGGGCUGGGUGGUUGCGCUUUGUAUUUACUAUCUGGUAUCUAGCAUUGUAUAUCAUUAUCUUCUAUCUUUAUAUCAUCUAAUCUGUAUAUCAUCUAUAUCUCUGUCUUUAUCUCUU